UAGCUAUGAUGGUAAUAUCUAACAUCCGGUUUUUACACCCAGUGAAGAACGGUAGUGUAGAUUUAUGUUGUAUUCAUGAUUUUAUAAAAUUAGUGUAAUAUUCUUGUAAUAAUGAUCUUACUCGAGAUCAAUAACAGGAUAAUAGAAGAAACGUUAACUGUUAAGUUCAAAAAUGCUAUUGCUGGGCUCAAACCAGAUUCUAUAGACAUUGUAAUAGCGGACUUUGAUGGUGUAUUAUUCCAUCUAUCGAAUGUUGGAGGCGAUAAAACAAAGAUCAGAGUUAGUGUCUCUUUGAAGUUCUUUAAGGAGUUACAAGAACAUGGCGCCGAUGAAUUGCUCAAGAAGGUUUAUGGACCUUACAUGACUGAACCUGAAAAUGGUUACAAUGUCUCAUUAUUGUUAAGCUUAGAUAAUAUACCCUCCGAUUGGGAGGAUUUAGUGAAGAAAAUUGGACUUUUGAAAAGGAAUUGUUUUGCUUCAGUUUUUGAGAAGUAUUUCGAUUUUCAAGAACGAGGGGAAGAAGGCCAUAAAAGAGCAGUAAUCAAUUAUAGGAACGAUGAGACUAUGUAUGUAGAAGCAAAAGCAGAUCGAGUGACGGUAGUUUUCAGCACAAUUUUUAAAUGUGAAGAUGACGUAAUCAUAGGCAAAGUGUUCAUGCAAGAGUUCAAAGAAGGCCGAAGGGCGAGCCACACUGCCCCGCAAGUUCUGUUCAGUCAUCGAGAACCUCCGCUAGAACUCCAAAACACGGACGCCAGGGUUGGCGAAAAUAUAGGCUAUAUUACCUUUGUUUUAUUUCCGCGACACACAAAUCGAACGGCGCGCGAUAACACAAUCGAUCUGAUACACAUGUUCAGAGACUAUCUACACUAUCACAUCAAAUGCUCCAAGGCCUACAUCCAUUCACGAAUGCGAGCUAAGACGUCUGACUUUCUGAAAGUUCUCAACAGGGCGAGACCUGAACCGAAAAAUGUUGAAAAAAAGACUAUAACUGGGCGAACAUUCGUGAGAAAAGAAUGAUUCCAUGUCCGGUGUGGCUAACUUUUGUUGAGAUUGAUAGACUUUUUAAAGUUGUUUGGCACGAAAGUGUUGGAGAAAGAAUUGGAAGAGUGAGAGCGCAGUGCAAUGUGUGCCACACCCUACAAGGCAAACGCAAAGGCAAAGGCUUCAGAGAGGAUAAGUGCAUUUCACCUGUGUGUUUACUCUGUGACAGCCACACCCAUUUUAAAGUACCAAUUAUUGAGAUAUGCUUUAAGAGCGUCUUUGCUCGUCUACUAUCGUUUUUAUUUGGACAUUUUCUCGUCAAAUAAACAAUUGCUAUUAUACUUUUAAUUAGCAUUACCAGUUAUCGCCGUGUUACAUUCCAUAAGGAAAUUUUAUUUUGAAUAUUUCAAUCAUAUUCUUAUUUCAGUAUUGUAGAAUAUCAAUCUAUUUAUUGCUGAGUAGUAUUUGUCUCAAACUUAUAAUUCUUUAUCAAUAUUUAACUUACUCUAAAUUCUAUAGAUUAUAUUAUUUUAUUCAUAUCUAUUGCUGGAAUGGUUUAUCUCUUGAACAAAGUUGCCGGGCUAGACUAUUCGAUUCCAGGUGCAAGUAUUCUUACUGGAGUGGCUUUGAUUAAUAUGUAUCUAAGACAACUUCCAUAGAGUUUGUUGUAAAACAAGUUUGUAAAUAUAGUGUUAAGUGAAUAAUGAACAAACAUUGAAGACACUUAUUGGCUGCCACAUUCAUGUAGAAACAAUUGUUAUAAACUUAUAGAAAUGUGAAUAUGUAAUUAUCUUCCUGUGAUUUAUUACAUAAAAGAUUUUAUUUAUGAAGUAAUAGUGACGCUGGGUUUUUGUCAUAUAUCCAGUACAGACUGACAGUGUAGUCUUGUCAGAUAGACAGUGACGAUUAUUGUUGGUGUGUUAGUUGAACAGGAGAACCUUUUGAUGGGUGAGUGUUAGAAUGGUGUCAGUGCUAAAGUUUUUAUUUAUAAAUAAAUAAUUAAGUGAAGAGCUACUAGUCACUUCAGAACGAAACAACUGAAGUCAGCUUUCCUGUUGAAAUGUUUCAUCUUAGCCACAAUAGUAUUGGUGUUAUAAUCACUUCUCAAAUAAAAAUAAAACUUGAAAUUAAAUUUUCAAUCUCUUGUAUAGGUACUUUUGAGCCUUCGUGGUGAUCAAAAUUCACGAUUGUACCAAUCCAAUAACCAUAUAAAAUGUUAAGAUUUAGUUUAAAAAUUAGAUGCACAAAGUCUUGGUUGUAAAUGGUUCUGCUUGCAAAUUCGCUCUAAUCUCUAAUUAUUGAUGAUGACUUUCCUUGUAAAUAUGUAUUAAUAACACCAGUAAGCAUAAAAGAGCCAUCCACAGUGCUAGAAUGUUACAUUAAAAUCUGUUAUUGUGUGCUAAGUUUGAUUAUUUCUACUAACAGAAUGGACUAUGGAGAGAUUUUUUAGGAUACCAACAGAGUAAUUUAUUACUUCUAUUGUAAAUUAGAGUAUUUAAUAUUAAAUUUGUUAUAGCAAUAAUUAUAUGUUCCGUAUUUGUUGAUAUAAUAUUAUAGUUGGGUUAAACAACUGUGGUAGAAAGUAAUUAACUGAUCAAUUCGCAAAUCUGAAGCUCAAUCUUUUCAAUGCUUGAUAAUGGAAUACCAACAUAUAUUUAGCACGUCUGCUAUAUGUUUCUCCUGAAUUAUGAAUAUAUCGGGAAAAGGAUCUUUAGGUAAAAUAAGUAGUGGAAAAGAGCGGUAAAGUGUUUCAAAUAUCAUUACUUUCUUAUCUCUCAUCGACCUUAGGUAAUUCCUCUAAAUGGAAAUCAAUUACUUGAUCUCAACUAAUUUAUAUCAUCUACAGGUUGGGAAAUGUUUACUAUUUCUGCCUCUCAUUGGUCAUUUAAUUCAUUCUCAAAUACUUCCCUUGGAUAUUAUCGUUGAUGUCAUUGAUUGAAACAUAAAUUAUAAUCUUGAAAAUAUAUAUCAUAUUCCAGCUAUUUUAUAUAUAGCGAAUUUCGAUGUUUUAUUUUUAAUACAACGUUGCUGGUUUGGUAAUUGGUAAAUUAUUCGAAAGUUCUCGUGCUCCUCUAGUCAUAAUUUUUGUUCACUGGCUACAUAAAUAGAAAAAUACUUCCAGAUCACUUCUUGCUAUCACUAUACAUUUCAAUUGAAAUGAAAUACUUUCUAGGAGAAAACUAAGCUUGAAUCUUGGAUGCUAUUUCAGUGAUAGAUUCAAUUCAUGUCUAUUCUUGAGAAUUUCUCUGCAUUCAUUUCAUCAUGCUCAUAUUAUUAUUCUGUAACCAUACUUUCAUUUGACACGCUAGCAUGCUUCAUAUAAGGAUUUACUAUAUUUUCGUUUUCUUGACCUUAGUACUGCGUCGAAGUGGACAAUUAGCUACUAACCUAGUCAUAGGUCAUCGGCUACGUUUUCUUACAAUUCUUUCUAAAUAUAAGUUUGCUGGAGAAUUUAUCAAAUCCAAAUGUACAUUAGAUGUUCUUUCUUAAUGAUUUGCUUACAGUGAAUCCUAGUUACUUACGGAACCGUGGAAGACUUGAAUUACAAUUUUUAUGACAUACUAAUCUUAAAUAAUAAAAAGGGUAUGAACAAAGAUUCUUAUUAUUAGGAAUUUCCAACUGAACGAGUUUUAAUCAGUUAUUUUUCUUGUGAGUGACUCGUGAUACUCUGAAGAAUAAUUAACAGAGAAUCACUAAACUUCUAUAAAUACUAUUUAGGUUGAGUGUGGACAACUACAUUGAUAUUAAUUCAUCGCUAAAAUUUAAUUUUAGUCUCUUGCUCCUUGCUUUUCAACGCUUAAUUUCUUGUUGAAUUCUAUUCCAAUUGCCUUAUGACUAUUGAAUCCACAAUUGACCUUAUAUCACUCAGCCUGAUUUGUGAUUAUUAUUUUCAAUAACUUACAUUUAUUACAGAAAAUAAUGUACAUAUUCCAACUCCUAACUAAUAACUGUCCAUUAGUAACUUGAAACUACAUGAAAACUCUUCACUUGAAAACUGAAUUAACAUUUACUUGAAAUACAAAAAGGCAUUAUAAUGAAAACUUACUUUAUACAACUUCAGAAUGUUACAAAAAUUAUAUUCUACUCAAAAAAGACGUUCCCAGAGUACCGGGGAAAUACUAACUCUCAAUAGAUUAUGAGAAGUAGCUCUGGUUUUUAGAUCUUGACGGCUAUCUUGGCAUUUAACGUUAAUAAAAUGAAAUAAAAAAGAACUUGAAAUUAAGCUUACUAGAGAUACUGAUCUUUUGAAACCUAGGGUUUUCAACAUCUUAAAAUUUCAUAUUCGAACAUAAUUCUUCAACGUUUAAAAAAUAGAAAUUCAAUUGAACAAAGCAAUUUUUAAGCUACCCGCAAGUACCUUUGUCCCCAUAGUAUUCUUUGUCCCAGUACCGAAUAUAUUUUAUGAAUUUUUUGAAAAGUCCAUAGAAUCAAACAAAAAAUACUUUCCUCUGGUUGAGUUAACGUAAUUAUACAUAAAUAGUUUUAAAUGCGCUUUUUUCUUAGUCUAUUCGUGAUCAACUCUUUCUUUAAUAUAUUUUUAUACAAAAACGUUUUAUUGGAUGAAGUUUAAUAUUGGUUUCUAAAUUGUACAAAAAAUCCUUAUAAUUAAAUGUCAUUAAAGUUCAACUAUAGUCUAUAUCCAAGUGCAAUGCUAAUAAGGGGUUUCCUUAUCCUUCAAUUUACCAAAUAUCAUUGCUUCAUCUCUAUGGUUGUUUUGUUGAGCAUUGUGGUGACUUCAGAUUUAAUAUAUAAAGUACACUAAUGAAUUUGAGUUGAAAAAAGUUUGGAAGAGCUCCUUUCUAAACUCUUAUUUUUAUAAGCUUGUUGAAAAUUGUUAUUUUUGUUAUCAGUUGUAUAAUGUUUUAUUUUCUUUGUAUAGGAGAACUGGUUUAUACAAUUGAUUGAUUCAUGUUAACUUCCAUCAUGUACAAAACAAUGUAGAUCAAGCCACAGUUCAUUUAAUUAUUAUAAUGAGUUGUCUUGUAAUACUAAUUAUUUAAAUGAAACUAAUGAAAAUAUACAUUAUAUAUUAUAUUUCAACAGCAUUUACUUUAUUAUAAUUGUGUUUACUUGUAUUUUUUUUAUUCAAUAUAAUGAGGAUUUAGUCUUCCUGA